AUGAACAACCAUUCAUCAGUGACUGAAUUCAUUCUCCUGGGAUUUAGCGAUCAUACAGAGCCACAGUGUCUUCUUUUUAUGGCACUUCUACUCAUCUAUAUGAUCACUGUGUUUCAAAAUCUUGGCAUGAUCCUAAUAAUCAAGAUUGACUCACAUCUUCACACUCCAAUGUACUUUUUCCUCAGUACCUUGUCCCUCAUUGACUUCUGUUAUUGUUCUGACAUUACCCCUAAUAUGCUGGUGAAUUUCUGGGUGAAGAACCCCAUAAUUUCAUGCAAUGCGUGUGCCACUCAAUUCUUCUUUUUUGGUUCUUUUGCUGGCAUUGAGGGCUUCCUGUUGACCAUGAUGACCUAUGACCAUUAUGCAGCCAUUAAGCCUCUUCUUUACACAGUCACUAUGUCCCCCUAUCUUAAUGUCCUGCUGGUACUGACCACGUAUCUUGCAGGCUUUAUAAAUGCUGCCGUUCACACUGGCCUUAGCUUCCAACUGUCAUUCUGCCAUUUAAAUGUCAUCAACCACUUUUUCUGUGACACGCCACUGCUCCUGAAACUCUCUUUUUCUGACACACGUGUCAAUGAAAUUGUCAUUUUUGCUUUUGACAGUUUUAAUGAACUGAGUUGCCUUCUGACUAUUCCCAUUUCAUGUCUCUACAUCCUCACUGCGAUCUUGAAGAUCAGUUCUGCUGAGGGGAGGCACAAAGCCUUCUCCACCUGUUCUUCCCACUUGGUGGGGGUCACCAUCUUCUUUGGCACAAUCCUGUUCAUUUAUCUCUGCCCCAGCUCCAGUUAUGCGAUGGACCAAGACAAAGUGGUGUCCGUAUUUUACACGGUGGCCAUCCCCAUGUUAACUCUUAUCUACAGUCUGAGAAACAAAGAGGUUAAAACCUCCUUAGGUAAAAUUUUUAAAACAACCUCUUUUUGCUUCUGUAUUUAG